CAUUUUUGCAAAUUCGACGUGACAGUCUGUAUCUAAAAUGAAAAAGUUUUCGUUGAGUUUAGUAGCUGUUUGCAUGCUGGCAAACUGGCUUCAAGCAGCGCCCGUGAGCAAGAACGAACGCAAAAACCUCAGCGCCGUCACCGAUGCACGGAACAACCCUUCCGAGGUUCAACUCGUUCGCUUCGAAAACGAUCACAACACGCUGGACAACUACCAGUUCAACUACGCACUAAGCGAUGAUCAGACACGCGACGAGGUCGGAACGCUGAAGGACGGCAAAGACGACGAAGGCAACAAUGUGCGGUUCUUCGUAGUUCAAGGGUCAUACUCGUUCGUCGGAGAUGACGGACAAACCUAUUGGGUGCAUUACACGGCCGACGAGCGUGGGUAUCAUCCUCGCGUAGGAACGGGAUCAGAUCCGGAUAAGAAGAAGUUUUAAAAUAAUGAAU